UUUAUAAUCGGUAAACAGCAGUUAGAUGAUGUCACUUCCGCUAAAUUACUUCCUGUUGGUUGACUUCUGGUAUUUGUUCGAAAGCUAGAGAUACAUUUUGUGGUCUUCUGUAGUACUUUCUGUUGCCAUCCUACACAAAGCGGCGAAGAAGCAAUGCCUUUUUCACCAUCUUGUCUAUGAAGGAAUUGUCAAAAGUAAAUGGUCAAGCUUACAACGACGUUCUCUUCAUUGACUCCGUUUUGGCUUGGUGUUGAGUUGGCGUUUUUACACGUCUCACGAGAACACUAAAGUGAAAAAGGCACGUUCCGGCUGCCCUACGGUAUCAACAUGGCAACUAGUCACAGUGGAAGCAGCAAAACGUCAGUAUCCACAGCAAGCGCAGCUCUUGUUAGAGCUAAAGCAGAAGCUUCGAAAGUACGAGCAUCGUACGCAAGCCAAGAAGCUAAGCUUAAACUGGAAGAAGCUAAACUAAAGUGAAAAAGGCACGUUCCGGCUGCCCUAAGGUAUAAACAUGGCAACUAGUCACAGAGGAAGCAGCAAAACGUCAGUAUCCACAGCAAGCGCAGCUCUUGUUAGAGCUAAAGCAGAAGCCGUGAAAGUACGAGCGUCGUACGCAAGCCAAGAAGCUAAGCUUAAACUGGAAGGAGCUAAGCUAAAACUGGAAAAGGCUCAUAAUCAAUUAGAAACAACGAGAAUAACCACAGAAUUAGAAGUGCUGACAUUACAACGAGAAGCAGACGCAGCUGAGGCGGAAGCUCGAGUAUUGGCGGAAGCUUCGGGAGCACAAUCCACUGGCGAUGACAGGAAAACUGAAUCAGAAAAGGCAAAAAUUGAACGCACCAGUGAAUAUGUUCAAUCACAGAUCGACCUUCAACAGCAGUUGUCAUCUCCAGCUGCCUUGUGUCCAGCAAUAGAUAAGCAGCCGUAUCCGUUAACACAAGCUACCAUCAACACCUGGCAUCUGGAUGAAAAUACUCCAUAUAUGCAACCCAGUCCUAAUAGAACAAACUUUAAGAGCGAUAAAAAAUCUCACUUAUCCACACCAAACUUAAAUAAACCAGUUAAAGCCACGACAAACUUCGAAGAAAAAAGACAAUCCGGCUCAAACAUACAUGCUCCGCCCUAUGUUCCCCGACAGGUUCCACAAGCCAGCAUACCGUCUUCAGUGGAACCAUUGGCCCACUAUUUGGCAACACGAGAUCUCAUCACCUCAGGACUGUACUACUUCGCUGAUAAACCAGAAGAUUAUCGCGCAUGGGAGUCGUCAUUCACUACAGCGGUCAGCGGUGCUCACCUCACAACAACCCAAGAACUAGACCUCAUGACAAAGUGGCGUGGUAAGGAGUCCGGAGAACAUGUGAGACGCAUCCGCUCAAUGUAUGUAAACCAUCCAGAACUGGCUCUACACAAAGCAUGGGAGAGACUGCGUGACUGUUAUGCUGCCCCUGAAAUCAUUGAAAAAUCACUAUUUGAUCGGCUGGACAAUUUCCCCAAAAUUUCUAAUAAAGACAACGCUAGGCUACGCGAACUGGGAGAUUUGCUCAUGGAAAUUCAAGGUUUCAAGGAGGAUGGCUAUGUCACCGGCUUGUCCUAUCUGGAUACGUCACGUGGAAUUAGGCCGAUUGUGGACAAGCUUCCUUAUAGCCUUCAGGAAAAAUGGACAUCUUCUUUUGUACAAAGAACAUAAUAACGGUUGCUUCCCUCCCCUCCACUACUUCUGUGUUUUUGUGUGCUCCGAGGCAAAGAAACGAAAUGACCCCAGUUUCACCUACCAGUACAAUACAACUGCUAACCUUGACAAACACAUUGCAAAAUGUUUUAACUCAAACAAACCCAUCACAGUGCACAAAACAGACAUUUUAACAACCAAUAAUGACCCCAAUGAAUGUUAUCCUCUACACAACAAACCACACCCCCUUAAGAGAUGCAGGACAUUCCGAAACAAAUCCCUGGAUGAUAGAAAGGCCUUUUUGAAGGAAAAAGGGAUAUGUUUUAAAUGUUGUUCCUCAGUUUCACAUCUCGCCAAACAAUGCCAGCCUUCUGUGAAGUGUUAUGAAUGUGGAAGCACUCAUCAUGAGGCAGCAAUGCAUCCUGGUCAAUCCCCUCAAAUGGCCAAGGCUCCUCCAUCUCUUAAAGAGGAUGGCAGGGAGGGAGAAGAACAGUAUAACAUGCCUGAUGUUAGCACGAGCUGUACAGAUGUUUGCGGUCAAGGUCAGUGGGGGCGCUCAUGCUGAAAAAUAUGCCUUACUAAAAUGUACCAUGAAGACUUCAAGGACAAGGCCAUCAAAGCAUACGUAAUUUUGGAUGACCAAAGUAAUCGAUCAUUGGCAAGACCAGAAUUGUUUAAAAUGUUAAAUGUGGACAGCAAACCAAUCACUUAUCAUCUCAGAACUUGUUCUGGCCUUGUAGAGGCACACGGCAGGGAGGCUGAGGGUUUCCAGAUUGAGUCCCUAGAUGGUAAAGUUCUCAUCUCACUUCCAACACUCCUCGAGUGUCAAGAGAUUCCAAAUAAUCGGAAUGAGAUCCCAACACCAACUGCAGUUUUGCAUCAACCCCAUCUCCAUCACAUUGCCAAACACAUCCCCGAAUUGGACCCCGGAGCACAAAUACUCCUUCUCCUUGGAAGAGAUGUAAUCAGGGCACACAACGCCAGACAGCAAGUAAAUGGACCAAACGACGCUCCUUUUGCACAACGUCUGGAUUUAGGCUGGGUGGUGAUGGGAGAAGUGUGUUUAGGCAAUACACACAAACCAACAAUUAAUUCAAUGAAAACAAACGUAUGGGAAAAUGGACGUCAUUCCAUCUUUCUACCCUGCACCAGCGUCAUGUGUGUUAAGAAGCAACAAACCUUCAACCAGUCCUGCAAAUCACAAGAAAGGAUGCUGGGAUUGACAGUUUUCAACCAAACUGAACAUGACAACAAACCUGCUCCAUCAAUGGAUGACCUCCUCUUUCUAAAGAUCAUGGACAUUCAAACCCACAGAGAUGGAUCCAACAAUUGGGUCGCUCCACUCCCAUUUAAGGAACCACGUCAACGUUUGCCAAACAAUAAGGCCCAGGCAAUCAAGCGGUUCAUGUCACUUCAACGAACCCUCCAAAGGAUACCGGAAAUGUAGGAACAGUAUGUCACAUUCAUAGAAAAGCUCAUUACCCACAAGCAUGCAGCGGUAGCGCCGCCAUUGAGGAACGAUGAAGAGUGCUGGUAUUUGCCAUCCUUUGGCGUAUACCACCCACGAUAACCUGACCAGAUCAGAGUCGUUUUUGACUCUAGCGCCCAACACGCAGGUAUUUCCCUAAAUGACGUGCUACUCUCUGGACCCGACCUCAACAACUCCUUGCUGGGCGUUCUUCUGCGCUUCCGGAAGGAAAGAGUUGCGAUUAUGGCAGACAUCCAGCAGAUGUUUCAUUGUUUUUUGGUGCAUGAAGAUCAUCGAAAUUUCCUACGUUUCUUGUGGCAUCAGGACAAUGAUCUCAGGAAGACAGUUAUUGAGUAUCGCAUGAGGGUCCACGUGUUUGGCAACACACCAUCUCCUGCUGUGGCAAUCUAUGGACUGCGAAAGGCCAUCAGGAAAGGUGCACAGCAGCACGGAGAUGAUACUGUCAGGUUUGUAGAAAGGCACUUUUAUCUGGACGAUGGCUUGGUAUCCCUACCAUCUGAAGGUGAGGCCAUUGACCUGCUCCAAAGGACAAAGUGUUCACUCGCCGAGUCGAACCUUCGCUUGCACAAGUUUGUAUCAAACUCUGAGGAAGUCACCAAAGCCUUCUCCCCUCAAGAUUGUGCCCCUGUGGUCAAAGACUUAGAUUUGAGUGGAGACUUUACACCCACACAACGGAGCUUAGGGUUGCUCUGGGAGAUUACAUCUGACACAUUUACAUACUUUGCAUCACCAACAAACAAACCAUUCACUCGACGUGGUGUUUUGUCUACAGUAAACAGUGUUUUUGAUCCCCUAGGAAUGCUCGCACCUGUCACAAUUCAGGGAAGAUCCCUUCUCAGAGAACUUACCUCUGAGCUAGCAGACUGGGACACGCCCCUGCCAGAAGCCAAAAAGAACAAGUGGGAGACUUGGAAAGAGUCUCUUCAAGGCUUAAACAAGAUUCAUAUGCCACGCAGGUACACUGCAAAGUCACUGUGCGAUGCGGUGCUCACAGAGUUGUG